AUGAGGGCUUGUUGUUUCUUUGUCCUCGGUUCCAAUUUGGUUAAUCCAUGGAUCAGCGACAUCCGGGUUAAUCAUGGACCUCUUUCCGCUGCACCGCGACCAAAACGUAACGUGUUCGUGAUAGCGGCUAUCCUGCUGGAACGCAGCCUGCAGAGCGUGGCCAACUAUCUGAUAGUGAGCCUCGCGGUGGCGGAUCUGAUGGUCGCCUGCCUGGUCAUGCCACUAGGGGCGGUGUACGAGGUAACUCCGCUGUGUUAA